AUGAAUGCAUUAAAAAUAACGUUUAAAAGCCUUGAAAACAUUUCAAAGUCAAUGAAAAAAAAUACUGACACAUUCAAGCCUUUCAAAGAUAUUGGAACGAAAAUGUUAACGAUAUCAGAAGAGUUCAAGAUAUUGACAUUACCGUUGUUUAUAACUUCAUUUUCAAAGUUUAACAUUGUCAUCAUAGAAAAGUUUCUUAUAAGAGACAAAUUUAAGGCAUGGGAAUUUACACAAAAAUUUGUGGUGUUGGUGGGAAGUUGA